AUGAAUUUGAACAAAGUAAUCAAUCGUCGGCCGUCAGAAAUCAACAUUCACCGAACAGAUCAGGAUACUUUGGUUGGUAAUGAUCAAAUAAAACCAAACUUUAUAUAUUCAUCUGAUAUACCGAGAAAAGUUGCAAGUUUAAUUCAUUCCAUAUCAAAAUCUCGACAGAAAAGAAUCUCAGAGGAAUGCGGUAAUGGAUGUAGUGAAAUAACUGUCAAUAUUGAACUAAAUGCGUUAGUUAGCCGACGUUCAGCUAACUUGAUUGCGUUGUUGCAAAGAAACUUGAUUUCGGUGGUUCAAAAAAGUGGUGACUCAAAUGUCACACAGAGACAAAGUUAUCUUUACAAUAUAAUAACUAGUCAGAAACAAAAUAACCUCCAGCCCGACGUUCUUCGAACAAAAGAUGUGUUUGUUGUCACUUUUAAGCUAAUUGUGUCCGAGUUUGAUUAUUUUGGAAACUUUAUACUUGAAGAAGAUGAGAACUUCCUCCUACUACAGUCUUGUGAUCCAAGAGGUGAAUUGGUAAAUGAAAUCAAACGAUACAUCAAAGAAACAUUCACGAUUCUACGAAAUCAAUGCCAAAACAAAGCAAAAAAUGAUGGUUCGCACUCUGAUGUCAGUGAUUCUACCCUAGAUUGCAGCGAGGAUGAUGCGAUGUACUUGGCAGAUGAAAUUGGAGGGGCUCAUAUUGAACCUUUGGUCUCGAAUGAAACACUAACCGAUGAAUUCCGAAGAAGAUUUAGCGAUAUAAGUGAUGAAGAGAAGGGCUUAAAAUUUAGACACACUUUUCUUGAAAAUAUCAAUAAUCUAAGACACAAUGAUGAAGAUAAGGAGUUGAAUGUAGAUGGGGAACAAGUUUUAUUUCACAAUGAGACACUAAAACAACCUAUAAAAUUUUCACCUUUAACUCCAGAAGAUCAUAUACACCUUGACGACUUGAUUGAGGUUUCAUACGAGGAAACCGAUAAGGAAUAUACGGAUGACUUUCAAGUGCAUAGGUUUUCGUCAUCGUCUCCCAAAAAGGAGUUUGAAGAUGAUGAUGAAAUAAUGAAGUUUUCCCGUAAAUCUUCCUUCCAAUCACCAACUAAAAGGAGGGCAGUAUCACGCAUGUCGUCAAGUCAUUCUGUGUCAAUGAUCAAUACCGAUGACAAAUAUGGGUUGCCAUUUGCUUAUAAUUCGGAUUCAGCUGCUGUUCCGUCAUAUAUCAAGCAAAAUAAAAAGUUCAAAUUUAUCAAAGUUGGCAAAGUGCAAAAAUUCGUCCAUUUGUUUGAAGAGCAGAAUCAAUCUGAAAAGAAAUGA